ACCAGCUUCCCAUUUCCCACUUUCAGAAUCAGCCUCCUUCCGCAUGGCUUGGGCCCAGCGACUCUCCUCUCCUCAAGGGCUCUCCCCUCCCUUCAACUCAAUUUCUCUUAGCCCAGCCCCCCUUCCAGACUUCGCCGCUGGAACAAUUCCCAGCAAUGUUCAAGCGCCCUUGCUUGACCAGCACCAACACUCGCGCUCCGGCUCCAGAUUAGGGUUUGCGCGACGACCAAGAGCACGCACGUGUGAAUAUUUGAAACUCGGAUGGAAGCAAGGAUGAGCGCAGCGCUCUGCUGACAUACCUAAUUUUGACACCGAAACCCUAAUUCCUGCAGCACAGUCAUGCCGAUCGGAGCAGCUGUCGCUGUUGAGCCUCGCGGCUCGGUAGGCGGAUCCCGCGGAGAUUCCCAUGCGCACGCGCACGCGCACGUCCACGUGCCGCGCGCCGAUUCGCGGCUGCUGAGCCACGUGCCCUUCGAAGCGACAGAUGACCUGGACCUGGCCCUGCAAUCGCUCCACGCGCGUAUCAAGCCGCUCCUUGCGUCGGAUAGCGAAGGCGAAGUGCACAGUCAGCUGCAGGAAAUGGUCUCGGAAGGCGCGCAGCAGCACGCUGACGUGGUCAACGGCCUCCUCUACGCAAUCCUCACCGUGUCGCACCAACCAGGUUCGCCGCCUUCGCCGCCGUCGCACGCGUCGACGGCCGCGGCGGUGCGGCUGUUCGGGAUCCUGUGCUCCGUGACGCGCGACCACCACGCGUCGCUUCUAGUGACCCUGCAGCGAUUAACGACGGAGAAGUGGGGCAAGCUCCAGGAGCACGUGCGCGCGCAGAUUAUCUGGGUCCUCCGACAGUUAGUUCAUCUAGCCGUUCAGGAAGCAGAGGCGCUUUUUCUCUGCCUCUUCCGUCAGGUUUCCGGCGGCGAUCUUAGCGUCGGGAACGUGUGGCUAGCUCGGCAGUUACUCGACGUCCUUCGCGCCAACACGCAGUGGCUGUACACUCUCCCGAAUCUCCUCGCCCUCUCGCUUUACACGUUCCUUAGGCUUCUCCCAGACCACGCGGCUAGUAAGGCUCCGACCGUCGUAGAGCUGAAGCAGCAGGAGAUCGCGUUUUGCACACAGACGCUUAGAGAGCGAUUUCAGGACUGCUUAGUGAUUGGUCGCGACUUAGUGCGACUGCUGCAGGAUGUAGCGUUGAUUCCGGAAUUCGAGCCGAUUUGGCGGGAUUUGGUGCAUAGUCCCGAGUCGAUGGGCGCGCCUGGGUUUUCCGAUUUAGCUCAGCUGUACGUCUUGCGAACGCCCACGCGUUUCAUCACGUCCCGAGUGACGCCCGAAAUGGAGUCGCAGCUUCGCUUUCUUCUCGCACACGUUCGCAUGGGCCACCAGCGGCGUUACCAGACGUGGUUUGCCACCCGGUUUCUCGCCGCCCCCGAGAGCGAAUCCCUCGUGGCGGAUUUGGUUCGCUUCGUCUGCUGCUCGGUGCAUCCGACGAAUCAGGUCCUGCAAUCUGACGUGGUGCCACGCUGGGCGAUCGUCGGCUGGCUUCUCAAAUGCUGCAGAAGCUGCCACAUGGAGGCGAAUGCCAAGCUGGCGCUCUUCUACGAUUGGCUCUUUUUCAUGCCAAAGACUGACAACAUCAUGAACAUCGAACCCGCGAUACUGUGCAUGGUCCAUUCCCUUCCCAAAUACGCCAUUAUGACCAACUCCCUCCUAGAAUUUCUCUUCCUCCUCCUAGACCACUAUGACGCGGCGCAUAGGGACCUCGUCCUCCGCGGAAUAUCCGCCUCGAUCGAUAUUUUGGUCGGCAAGGGAGUCGUUCCAAGUCUCGAGCCGCUAGCCACGAGCGGGUUCAUUCCUACGAAGCUUCGCGAGCGUCUCCAGGCGCUUUUUCCCGCGCAUUGCCGGCUCGACGCAUCCCCUCACCGCUUCUACCCGCCCUCGCCCCUGCAUGAUCCUCACAACGCGGAACGAGCUGGGGCGGCGGCAAUUCCCGGGAUAGGGGGAGGGGGGAGAGGGGGGCAAGCGCGGGGGGCGGGAGUUUGGUGAAGUCCCCAAGCCCUUCUCCGCCGCAUUUGGCAGCGGAGCGGGACAGCAUGGGGAAUAUCGUUGGCAGCGGAGCGGGGAUAAGGGCGGCGGAGGAGCAACGGGGAUUAGGGGGGCGGGAAAUGCAGGUGGCGGAAAUCGGAGGAGUAGGCGCGGGUGCUGGCGCAAGCGGUUCUGUGGGCGAUUCUGCUGCCGCCGCCGCGGGGGGGGGCGCGGUUGGCUUAAAUGGCUCGGUUGCUGCCGCGAGGACGGGGGAAGACGUGGAAAUGGGGGAAGCUAGCGCUUCAGGGGAAGACCAGGCUGGCGGAAAAGGUUCUGGCGGAGUGGGGAAACGGGGGAAGACCGCGGAGGGCGAAGGUAUGGAACCAGGAGAGUGCGGCGGAGGGGAUAGUGAGGUGGCGGGAGGAGAGAUUGGUAAGGGGGAGCGGAAG